AUGUCCGACCAAACCGCUUCCCAGUCGCCAGAGCCCACUCUGGCUCUCAUAGAGUCAUUAUGCAGGGAGCCCAUGCACAUCGGUGAGACAUGGUACGUGGUGUCUCCUACCUGGUACCGCCGGUGGCGCAAGGCAAUCUCUGGCGAGGUCGACAAGGAAGGCGGUUUAAACAUCAAGGACGUUGGUCCUGUGGAUAAUACCGACAUCGCCACACAAGACGGUGUCAUCAAGCAGGAUGUUCCCUUAGAAGAGCUACAAUUCGUGCCGGAGAAAGUAUGGCAUUGGUUUGCCGAGGGGUGCGGUGAAUCUCGUCUACCGCUUCCUCGUACGGUGAUCCCGCGGGGCGUCCAGGCAGAGCCGUCUCUCGAACUCCACCCUCUGUGCAUCCGGGUUCAUGUCCUCAGCGCUCAGGCUGUACCUGGCAUCGAGGUCGAGCCGUCCAAAGUCUUCGUCUCAGUGAAAGACACUCUCGCCAAUGUUCAAGACAAGAUCCUAGCUCUCCCGAACUUCGACCGCCAGCGCCAGUAUCGCAUUUGGAAGCUCGCGGAGGGUGGCUCUGGGCUGACCCAGUUUCCCUGCACUCCGGAACAGCUCAAGGAGCUCGGCGCAGUCGUCAUACAACCCAGCCAUAAGACAGUGGAGGAUGAGCUCAUCGAGGAAGGCGAUGCGUUCGUCGUCGAACCGCAAGAGGAAGGGCUUUGGAUUGUUGCAGACGACGAGGUGCCUGCGCAGGCCGGUACUGUGUCCACUUCUACGUCACAAUCCACGAUCACACAAGGAUCGGCGCCGAAGCUCUUCAACACGGGCCAAGACUUCUUCAGCGAGAUUCAAGCAAAGUCUGCGGUCUCUGGCACAAGCUCGGCAACAUCAUCGGCGCAAAAACCUUCCGCGAAGUCUACGUCGCUCAAAGUCGCGCCACGUGCUAAGACGCCUUUCGCGUUGGAUCCCGGCACUCUCGGGUUAGGGAAUAUGGGUAAUACGUGCUUCAUGAACUCAGCAUUGCAGUGCCUCGCGCAUACACCAGAGUUGACCGAGUACUUCCUUACUGGUGUAUUUGAGGAAGAGCUCAAUCCCGACAAUCCCCUGGGAAUGGGAGGUGCCAUUGCCAAUGCGUUUGGCGCGCUCCUCCAUCGUAUUUGGGUUCCCGGCGGAACGGGGACCUCAUACGCACCGCGGGAGUUCAAGCAAGCAUUGCAGCGCUUCGCACCUCAGUUCAGCGGGUACCAACAGCACGAUUCGCAAGAACUUGUGGCGUUCUUACUCGAUGGCCUGCACGAAGACUUGAACCGUGUGCGGAAAAAGCCAUAUGUCGAGAAACCCGACUGGGAAGGCGGAGGUGACAAGGAGCUCAUCGGACUGGCCCAGAAUUCCUGGGAGGGAUACAUGAAGCGAAACGACAGUGUAAUCGUCGACCUUUUCCAAGGACAGUAUCAGAGCACGCUGGUGUGUCCAGAAUGCGCGAAGGUCUCAAUCACCUUUGACCCAUUCAUGUAUCUGACAUUACCCCUUCCCGUGGACAAGAAAUGGAAACAUAACAUCUACUACGUCCCUUGGGAUAUGGAUAGGCAACAUUUGAAGAUCCCUGUGGAGAUCAGUCGCGAUGCCUCGUUCAAAGACCUCCGCCAAUUGCUAGGGAGGUGGAUGGAUGUGAAUCCAGAUAAUCUUCUCACGCUCGAGGUGUUCAGUCAUAGAUUCUACAAGGACCUCGAUGAUACCUGCCUUGUGGGCGACAUGUCCCACAAUGAUAUUAUCAUGUGCUUCGAACUGCCUUGCCACGCACAGCAGAGCAGGACAUACAAGCCGCAACCUGGCGACCCAUUCAUUGUCCCGGUGCUCCUCUCUGACAUGGCUUCGGCGCGCUUCUCAUACCGCAACAGUCAAAGCCUGUUCGGAUAUCCUUUCGUAGUCGUCGUUGACCAGGAGCAGGCCACGGAUCCCGAUGUCAUAUACGACGUCGUCGUCGAGCGUCUGCAGCGCUGGACGGCGAACAUCCGCGACCUCUUUACAUGGGUACCCGUCACCCCGACCAUGACGGUGCCUGUGCAGAUACCCAUUUCUGGGCCUCCUGAAGAUGCAGUCACGGAAAUCAAGGCGAACGGCGAUAUCAUCACUGUUGAGGAGAGUGCACCUGAGGAGGGCGACAUCACUGACGAGAAAGCAUCGGUAGUCAGAGAUGAGGAUGACGUCAGCAUGGUCGAGAUCGUCACCGAAGAACCUCGCAGAGUCGGGUACAAAAAGGGCAUCUUCAAGCUGCGCGUUCAGGCGGGAGAUGCGAGAUAUGGCGCCAGCUACAACAACUAUGGUAGCGGCUCGCAGCGCGCCGACGAAUGGGAGCACCGCGCUUCCCAAGCGAAGAACUUGCCAAAUGCUCCGGAGCCCCCGGUGCUACUCCAGGAGAACGACCUUUUUGUCUGUGAGUUCGAUGAGAAUAUGAAGGCCUACUACUUCGGCGACAAUAACGAGCGUACGCGCUCCGACUUUGUCGAUUGGAACAGCUGGGAGGAAUACGUCCACCCCGAGUAUACUGCGAGUCGGAAAGCAGCAGCCGCCAGGAAGAACAAGGGCAUCUCCCUCCAGGAUUGCCUGGAUGAGUUCACGAAGGAGGAGAAGCUGGGCGAGGAUGACUUGUGGUACUGCCCGAUCUGCAAGAAGCAUCAGCAGGCCACAAAGCGCUUCGACAUCUGGAAGGUCCCCGACGUGCUAGUCGUUCACCUCAAGCGCUUCAGCAACAGUCGCAUGCUCAGGGAUAAGAUCGAUACGUUCGUCGACUUCCCAUUGGAGGGGUUGGACCUCUCGCCCAUGGUUGGCGAGCGCCAGGUUGCCCAGCGACUCGCAGAGGAAGGAAUCGAUGCCUCGGAGCUCGGUCUGAGCAAUCUGGAUGAACCUCUGAUGUACGAUCUGUAUGCAGUGGACGAGCAUCUCGGUGGUCUUGGGGGCGGCCACUAUCGUGCGUAUUCAUACAACCACACUACCGAUAAGUGGUACCACUUCGACGAUUCGUAUGUCACGUCAGUUCAACCAGAGGCGGCUGUGAAUUCGAACGCCUACCUGUUAUUCUAUCGGAGGCGCACCUCUCGACCACUCGGUGGUAAGAGCCACGCCAAAGUUGAAGCAGCUCGGAGUAAUCCGACAUUGACUUCCCCUCCCGAUCAGGAGGCCACUCAACUGCCAACGCCACCCCUGGAGGACAAUAGCCCCCCCGCUUCACAAUUAGGCCGGCGAGAUUUUUUCAAGGUCGGACAAGAGAACAUGGGCACCGUCACGGGGUAUCAGUACAAUGAUGACUGGGCAACACCUCAGUCCAUGUCACGCUCCUCCCCGGCUUCAUCUCUUCCCCCGCUUGAUGACGAUGAACAACCACCUCCGUUUGCGUCUCUGUUCGAUGACGCGGUCGAGUCCAGUCUACCUCCUCUGGGGCUUAGCACGCACCAUUUCGACCUCCCUGACCCUUCGUCAACAGGAUCACCCUCGUCGUCUGUAGCGGCAGAGCCUGAUCUGGACGACCUUGACGAGAUGCAUGUAUACGAGCACCGUUCAUGGCAAGGGGGAGUACGCAUUGACUCUCUUAAGGCGUUCCCGUCAAUCGCGCUAGAAGAGCCCAUUUCUAGCAUUUCCCCCUCAAAGUUAAUGGGUUCUAAUGAUGAUGAGAGCGAUCUUGACGAGGGUCCCAUUUAAAGUUGGGAUGCGCCUGGAACUGUAGAUUCCGGACGAUCAUGUACAGUGAAUCCUCGUGCUGUCGUGUUCAAUUAUGAUAGAGCGGUAUUGUAUGAUUGUAUCGUUACAGACUUUUGUAUUUACAUACCCCAUGGUCUCUCGAAGCAAUAUGACUAGCAUGAGCCUCCGCG